AUGCCAUCUGACACGGAUAAGCUCAUUGAGAUCGCAAGAUACGCCACACAGGCUAUUGGCGCCGCGGCAAUUGGCCUGAUUGCAAUCAACCAGCUGAGAAAAUUGCUUCCCUCUCGCCAUCUCUGGGGACGAGGCUACUCGUCCAGCCCUCUCCACGCCACCCACAACGCCCAUCUGUUUCACCUACAAAUCCUCUACGCAAUCACCUCAUCCUCCAUCCCCUGGACCGGCAAAUCGCUCGGAGGCUUCGCUCUACUCGGUUUCUCGCUUGGUGGCGGCAUAGCCAUGUCCUUCACUGCCGCCUUCCCCGAACUCAUCGACUCUAUGAUCCUGCUUGGCCCAGCAGGCAUUCUCAGAAUUCUGCCUGGCGAUUAUUUGGCCCCGAUAUUCAAAUAUCACGCGUUUGCGCCAGCAUGGUAUGUACGGCGGCGGGCAGGUCUGACAUUAGGCGUGAACGUGAAUGGUACAGCGCAAGAAAGUGAUUUGAAGGGCGAAAUGGGUGUGGACGUGCCGUCGACGAAGGAGGAGACUUCCGUGGGAAAGCUCGAUUUUCCGGCUAUGGCACAGUGGCAAUUUGAUAAUCAUCACGGCUGCGUUCACAGCUGGUUGGAUACGCUUAAUAAUGCGCCGGUUAUGCAUCAGCAUGCUGAGUGGGAGAAAGUCAUCGCGCGGCUCGGGGCGUCGGAGUCUGGCAUAUCGAAGCUUCUCGUGAUCUUUGGGGAGGACGACCAAGUGGUGAACCGGUCGGAGGUUGGAGUUGAGAUGGCAGAGAUGUUUACCCGGCAAGGGAAGCGUGAGAAACUGGAUAUUAGGACCGUACCAGGCGAUCACGGUUUUCCUGUGACGCAGGCUGACGCAGUGGUCGAGCACAUCGCGGACUUCUGGCAGAUGUAA